AUUGAUCCGUUCGUACGUGUUUGCGACGAAAAUAUGCUCUAAAUAUUGACGUUUUUAUUAUUUAACAAUGUCGUCUUGUGCUAUAUUAUGGUGCGGAAAAAACAGCAGAUUUUCCUGCACAAAAACCGACGAAGUCACUUUCCAUCGAUUCCCAAAAGACUCAACAAUAAAAAAGAAAUGGAUUGAAGCCACAAAACGGGAUAACUGGUAUCCUUCAAACUUUAGCGUUAUCUGUUCCCGUCAUUUCACUGAAGAUUGCUAUCAUGCGAAGAAACCUCGACGACGAUUGCUAGAUAAUGCGAUACCCACUCUAAAUUUGCCAGUUAUUACAUUCGAUUCAUUGAUAAAUGAACUUGAAUCCGAUCAACAUUUAAAAGCCUCGUCACACGCGCGCCGUGCGUCAGCGCAAGAACCGAUUUCUAUAAUGUUGCCAUUACAAGAAAGAGAUUCUCCCGAACCGGUAACAGAAGCACAAAUAGAUUACGAAGAAUUAUACAAAGAGAUAACUUCGUACAACGUUAAUAGGCUAUGUGAUCGUAUCAUUGAAUUAAAAGAAAGUGUCGACCGAAAAGAUUUGAAUGUACGACGUUUGAGAGAACAAGUACGUUAUUUUAAAAGACAAAUAGCAAUCAUGGAAAAAACGAUUAAAGAUUUAGACGAAAAAUGCAAUAUUAACGAAGAGAAUGAGAAUUUUAUAGUUAAAAUAACAAAUCCUGAGAACGGAGAUGUAUUAUAUAAGUAUGAUAUAACACAAGAUACAAAAAAGACGAAGAAAAGAAAUCGUAAAGUGAAACCAAAAAAAGAUGUAGUUAAGUAAAAAGAAAAAGUAUAACAAUGGAGGCUUUGUUUAAAGCAGGGAUUCCCAAAGU